UUGACUCAUUUUCGGCAAAAAAAUGCUUCGCGAAUGCGGAGAAUAAGCAAGUCAGGGGAUAAAGGUGCCCUUGACUGCCGAGACUAUAAAAGAAGCGGUCCACACUCCGCGGCUUCGUACAACACUCCUCGAAUACUCGCCUGACAGAAAAUGAAGUUCGCGUUUGCUUUGGUGUUCCUGGUGGCCGUCGCUUCUGCGGCGCCCGCUCCUCAGCAGCCGGCGGUGCCCGACAGCCCGCUUUCGCAGCUCCUGCAAGACGCUAUUUUGGAACCUGCCACCAAAAACGAGGCUUUGGCCAGGAAUAGUAGACAGACUGAUUUUUCAAAUCAAAAUAGUCCCCUCAGUCAGCUCCUUUAUGACAUUUUGCAAAUCCCCCAAAUGGCUCUGCAAGCCGUGUCCAGGCUGCUGACAAACCCUGGCAACACCAUCGGCCAGAGCUUCAGCUUCGCCAACUCGAAACCUAUACAACAGCAGCAACAGACGCCCAACUUGAUUUAAAAUACCUGCUCCAUUUAUUUAUUUAAAACUAAAAUAAAUGUAUACUUUUUACGUCCCAAUAAAAAGGUUUUUUUAUAUA